CAGUUCCUAGCACAAGGUAUUAUACAUACAUGGCCGUUCGUCACACAGCGAGGAAUUGUACUUCCCCUUUAAAUGUGGCUUACAUUAGGUGAAUCCGAGCAGACGCAUCAGUGGAGAAAGAUGAAAAGAGGACGCUCUCCAGCAGCUAGAAAUGCCGGGAAUAUAAGAAACAGAUCUGGAAGUAGCAGCAGUUCUCGUAGUACUUCACGUAAACCAUUCACAAGUUCCACCACAACAAGAGGUCCCACUAAAGAAACAGAUGACACCAUAACCACGGGUGACGAUACAACCACAGGCAUAAGCACAACAGGUAUCCCAUCAACCCCAAGUACAACUGUGGCCGGGCCAACCACUGGUACAACCACAAGCAAACGAACAACCGCAGGAACGAACGCAGGUGGGGCCUCGCCUCAGACCGACACUGCUGUAGCAGCUGGAGUAGUUGGUGGUCUUGUCGGAGGUGUCGCCAUCACUGUUGUACUCGUUCUGCUGUGGCGUUUAAUUCUCUCUCGGAAAAGACACCGAGACAGACUGGACAAAGGGGGGACAGGAGGCAUGGGAUUGAUUCACGCAAACAGUUCCAACAGUAACGUGUCCCCGGGGGGUAAUUUGAUGCCACCCAGUGUCCCGGAUGUAAUCAUGGUGUCUCCAGGACAACACGCCCCCGGUAUGGCUGAAGCUGUGUACGAUGUUAUUCAGGAGGCAGAAAAUUACAAAGACGAUGGUCCCUCCCUCCAACCAGGGAGGUUACACAGAAAUCCCCAACACACGGAACGUCAGUACACCCCUGAUAGAGAGUGCCUUGUCGUGGAGAAAGAUGACCACACAAGUGGCGACGACAACCGACUGAGGGACGCAACAACGACUGAUGUAAAAGAUACAUACAACAGAUUGGGAGCAAUCGAACCCGACAGUGAUGACACUAAGACAACUGGAAACAAAGGGACAACAGCAGAAUAUUUCGUCCUUGAGAAAUCAGAAGACGCAUACAACAAACUUGGGGGCGACCCUAUCAAAUCUUCGACUUAUGAAAAGAAUGCCUAUCAUAGACUGGGGGAAACUGUUGCUGACACUAUAACUUCUGAUACACCUGAUUCUAGAACGCCAUCAUCAGACUACUUCGUCCUGGAGCGGCUAGAUGAUGCCGACACUAAACUGGGAGAGAAGACGUCUGCUGGGCACGCAUACACCAGAUUUGAUGUUGCAUAACUGUUCCAACUCAUUGACUGGGGUACCACGAAAACCAUUCCCGUCAGUCAAAAGAACACAUAACUUUCAUCGUUUUUCAUAACAAACGAUAUCAGUAUUGGCGAGAACUCUGAUAAACUGCCUGGAAAAUUAGUAAACACCCUUUUGUGACGAUGGCUUUAAAUGAAACAAGCAAGAAAUUGUUAUUUGAUGGUAAUGUAUUUGAUACGUGUAUUAACGUUUUGGUCCUUAAAUGUGCAGUGUUUCGGUGCCUGUUUACAGCCCAGUAACGUUUUGUUAACAAUUGUAAUUGUUUCUGUCAAAUCCAGUUUUCAAUUGUCGUGGGUUUUCGUCCUUGCAUUAUAAAUACACCUGGGUCCUCUUUAAUGCUUAUGAGGAUACUGCUUACUGCUUGAUACGGUCGAUAUUUUGGACUGGGUAGGUUUUGACCAUAUGAGUAAUUACUUAUCAUAUAUAUCAACCCCUAUUUCACUCAUGUCUUCAACCACGUGAAGAAAUACUUCCAGAAGUCGUUUAAGCUGUUGCCCGCAAUGCUUCCUGGUCGCAGUCCUAACCAGAUAGGGAGUAUAAGAAACGUAAACGCAUGUGUUCGCAGUUUCUUGUAUUUAAUGCUGAAUUAUACUGAAGACUUGAUAGAAUAAGGGAUCUAUUUGGCCCCCUGGAAAUGUUUAUAAAUGUGUAAAAUAUUGGUAUAGAGAUUAUCAGACAUGUUCACAUGAAGACAACUAGCCUUUAUGUGUGUUUUUUCUUACACAUGCUAUUUUUGGAUUUCUGGCAUGACCCGAGAUGAUCAGUUUUCGAUAUGGCUUGUACUGUUUUUACUCUACAUUUCCUAAGAAAAGCAGCUUCAGUCCAAGACUUUGUCAUGUUCACAUAUUAGAAAAAUGCUUCCCGGAAACCUCUACAAUCACCCUUCUGACACAUUUAGGUUUACUUGUGCCUAACGUGCAAUAGUUGAAAUGAACAGUGUCAUAAAGGAUUUCUACAUCUAUUGAUAAUGCCUCUUGGGACAAACUAGACGCAUUCCAUACCUUGUUCUUUGCACUGAAUCCUUCGUUUCCUUCGCUGAAAUGUUGACAAUAGGUUGACAUAGUAUGACUGUCUCCCCUCACACACCAAGCGUCUCCCACUAAUGGUUUGUUUAAGGUAUAGUGAAACAAUGGAAAUACUAGCUUUAAAUCUUUCUUAAGCCUAUUUGAUAAAACAUAAACUCACUAUACACGAUAUUUUAAACAUCCAAAUAUACAAUUCACGAAAAUGUUGGAAAGACAUUUAGAUAUCAAAUAAAAGACUUUCGAAGCAAACUGUAGCAGAUUUCAGUGGCGCAUCUUCACAAUAUUUUGAUAAUACGAGUAGUUUAACAUAUUUUCCGUGACUUCCAUCUUUGAUGACAUGUUUAUCGUUUCAUUGAUUCUAUUAUCUGGACACGGAAGGCCGAUAUAUUUCCAGUUUUCCCAUGGAAAGUGCUUCAUUAUUGCCCGAGCUAUCAUGUAGGUAGCUGGUGAAUAAGCCGAGAGGACCCGAAGGAACUGCCGGUUUGUUAGCUACAUUAUAUGCCUCUGAGGUGCGGGGUAUAAAGAGAUUGGAAAAGAUUUAAACUGUCCAUUUAAUUGCUUGCAAGAAAUUUCUCAAAGUUGGUCCCCAAACACCUAAUGUAACUUUAUAUGGUGAAUGUGGCCGAUACCCGAUAUGUAUAACGUUGUCGGUGUAUAAAAUACUGGCUUUAACUUACCGAAAUGCACAAUGGUAGAAUUCCUAAGAAAGCCUGUGAUAUGCUUAUGAACGAUGAUAAUGGUGGACACCAAACCUAUGCAUUUACUGUACGCACUUUAUUGUUUUCCCAUGGAUUUGAAUUUGUAUGGAUUGGAUAUGUCUUGGAAAUAAAUUUGCUUUUCUUAGACGGUAUAAAAAGGUUGCAAUGGCUAUGUACCAUCAAUCAUGGAAUAGUAUCAUAGAAAAGAGCACAAGAUAAAACAUGAUAUAUAAAGAGUUUAAAAGUUUAAUGGAACCUGUUGAAAUGACAGAGGACGGGGUUGUUAACGUUCAAAGUUAACGAAAGGGAAUGGUCGGGGAUUGAUUUAGGUUUACGUAUAUGUCCUCUUUGUAAUCUACGGAUAGAAGAUGUGUAUUCUUUUACCUGAAUGUGUAAUUCCUAUAAGAACAUAAGAUACAUCUACCUGUCUAAAAUGUAUUGCCUUACUGAGAAAUUUAUGUAAAUAUCUAUGUCAAAGUUAUAAGAUUUGCAAAUACUGGAAUGCUAUGAAAUAAGUUACGUAUUAAUUCAUGUACCAUUGUAUUAUGUAUGUAUGUUUGCACUUUCUCUGUACAGGGGCCAGUGGCCUUCAUACGAAUAAAAGACUU